CGCCCCGGCCCUGUGUGGGUCACCCCGGCUCUCCGCCCGGCGCCGGGAGGAAGCCUCUCCCGGGGCGAUGCGCCUCCCCGCCCCGCAGGCAGAGCCCCUUCUUCCCUUCCCUUCCCUUCCCAUCCCAUCCCAUCCCAGCCGAGGAGAUACCGGGAUCUGCCUCCGCUCUGCUCCCCUCGGCCCUCCCCCUCUCGCCCUCCCGGCCUCCUCCCUCUCGCCUCCUUUUUCUUUUCUUUUUUUUCCCUUUUUUCCAUCCCCUCCCCCGCCUGGGAAGACCUGGCCGCUCCCCCCGCCCCGUCCUCAGUAGCCGUGGGCGCCGGGCGGCGGGCGGGCGGCGCGGAGCGGAGCGGGGAGCCUGCGCCCCGGGGUCUGCGGCCGCCUUCCCCUCCGUUCCUCCUGCGGGGGUGCCAGAAAACAAUAGAUAAAAUGGAGCACAUGUUACUGCUCUUCAUAUUUUUCAUACCUAUAUUGGGUCUCACUAAUGGAACAGAAACUGAAGAAGAUUUUACUUGGCACUUAAAGAAGAUCCCCCAGAUUGUGAGCGAAAGAACUUUCUCCCUUGACAGCCCUAAAUUUGAAGCAAAAACCAAAUUAGAGCUGAACAGUGUAUGUGGAAUUGAAUGUCAAAGAAAAUUGCCAGUGCCGAGCCUGUCUGACUUGAAGGACCUCUUAUCCUAUGAGACCAUUUUUGAAAACGGCACACGGACCCUGACUGAAGUGAAUGUCCUCGGACUAGUGCUUGACCCAGCUGGAAACGCAACAACACGAAGGUCUUUGAGAAAGAAGAGGCAGAUAUAUGGAACAGACAGUAGGUUCAGCAUCUACGACAAGCGGUUUAUGACCAACUUUCCGUUCAACACAGCUGUGAAGAUCUCCACCGGCUGCAGUGGCAUUCUCAUUUCCCCCAAGCACGUGCUAACAGCUGCCCACUGUCUGCACAACGGCAAGGAUUACGUUAAGGGCAGCAAAAGACUGAGGGUGGGCCUUUUGAAGACAAAAUCCAGAGGCGACGGCAGGAAACGCAAAGGCACUAGAAGAAGCAGGAGAGAAGUUUCUGCGGCCCAAGAGGAUCCCGACGUUGCCACAGAACUAAGGCGACAAUCCAAGGGUGGUGGGAGAAAGCAGAGGAGAUCUGGGAGGAAGCAGGGGAGCUCAGAUGGCAUGCCCUCCUUCCAGUGGACGAGGGUGAAGAGUACCCACAUCCCAAAAGGCUGGUUUAAGGGUGUCUCUGGGGAUAUUGCCCUGGAUUAUGAUUAUGCUGUUCUUGAGCUCAAGCGUCCCCACAAAAGGAAAUACAUGGAGCUGGGAAUCAGCCCAACAAUCAAAAUGAUGCCUGGGAGCAUGAUCCACUUCUCGGGUUUUGACAAUGAUCGAUCUGGGCAGCUGGUCUAUAGAUUUUGUAGCAUUUCUGAUGAAUCCAAUGAUCUCUUUUAUCAGUACUGUGAUGCUGAGCCCGGCUCCACUGGAUCUGGUGUCUAUCUCCGUCUUAAGGAGCCAAACAAAAAGAAGUGGAAACGCAAGAUCAUCGCUGUUUACUCCGGCCAUCAGUGGGUGGAUGUCAAUGGUGAACAGCAGGAUUACAAUGUAGCGGUAAGAAUUACUCCUCUCAAAUAUGCCCAGAUUUGCUUCUGGAUACAUGGGAAUGAUGAGAAUUGCACACGAGGCUGAAGAGAACUGAACGUGACUCGCUUAGCACCCGUAUUACCAUAAAGUGAAAGAUUGCUGCAGCAGUUGCUGGAAGAACAUCACUCCACAUCAGGAUGUUUUUGAACUCAAAGCUCACAAGUAAUGUUAUGGUGACUUGAGAAAUGCUGAAUUGCUGGGGGAUGGGUAGAAUUGUCAAACAGAAUAUUUCUAAUUGUAAUCAACCCUAGAUAUGCACUUAAAAUCCCAAACUAUAUUUAUGUUUGCAAUUGUGAUAAAUUCAAAUAAUUCACAUCAGAAAAAAAUGGCUACACCUGUUUGUCAUUUUUUUCCAAGGGAAGGAUUGAAACAUCUCAAGCUGGUAUUAUUAAACAAUAUCUAUUUUUCCAAUGGAUUUGCUUUUCUCAGGGUUCUGUUCCAAUUCUUCAAAUGCAAGUUGUGCAUGCAGCACACUACUGUGUGUACAGAAUGAUCCAGAGAACUGCACGAGACCAAGACAUUAUUUUGCCAUUCUCUAAAGACCACAGCUCCAUGCUGAGAAGCAGCGGUCUAGUUCAUGCUUGUUAGUUUGGAAAACUUCCUCCUCUGGUUGCUGCAGGAACACUUCCAUGGAAACCCCACAUUUCUGUAGCUGAGGGUUAGACUCUAAAGACAAGUUUCACCUCAUUGCUCAAUAAAAACAGCAAAAAGAAAUCAAUGAACAUAGAAGUGUCCAUGUUUGGAAGAAGAAGAAACAUCAGGACAUAAUUGAAUGCCUUUAAAUCUUCUUUGAGAAGCUACAGAAGCCUUAAACACAUGCAUUUGCAUUCCAAUUAGUAUUUGGUGAGCUGUAGGUUUAGUUUCUAGUCAAACGUUUAGCUUUACAAUUGGGAGAAGUCACUGACUUCUGAAGUGGCUAUUUGACAAUCAUUUAGAGCUUCACAGAUGAUGAUAGAUUUUUUGGGUGCUAACCAUUUUUGCAGUUUUUAUAAAUUACUUUUAUAUGAGUUCAGCUUCAUAGGUAGGAUAGUAUGUAUUAGACUGGGAGCUGGAAAGCAAUAUUUUAGUUUGGCUUUAUAUGGUUUUGCAAAAUGGGUAGUUCUAAUCAUGUUAUAUUCAGACUCCACCUCAACAUGAGUUACAAGGUUAAACUAAAAAUUUCUCCCAACUAAAUUAUAUCACCUUCUGAAUGGUAGAAGAACUAUCCUGUACAUUAUAACAGAUAUCCUGCUAGGUAGCAGCAGUAGUUAGCAAAUAAUUUGAUUCAAUAUGUUUGCUGAACCAUAUGUUUAAUGAAAACACAAAGUGAGCUUGACUUUUACACACCUUUAAACACAAAUCACCUUUUUAAAAAUUGUUGUUGAUUGCUACACAAGUCUAUAUCUUUUAUUUUAUAUCAAGAUUUUGAAGCACACAGAACUGUUAUGGUGCUAUGUUAAUCUAAUAACAUAAAAUGAUACUGUAUAUUUCCAAUGAUAUCCUUUGAGUUUCAAUAUUUUUAAGAUUAUUCACCACCAUAAUAUUUCAUUUUUUUGAUCAUAAGUUUAUGCUGACCAAAAUACAUUUUCUUCCUAUGCAGAAGAAAAAAAUAUAACAAGAUUUUAAAAUACUAUUUGUUUAUUGGUAUCUUUAAAAAUAUGCUUGUAAUAUCUUUUGAUGAAAUAAGAUCAUUUUUAAUAACCCACUUUUUUGUAGAUGACUGAAAGUAUAAAACCUGACACUUUGAAUGUGCAGGCAACUUUCUUUGUCAUGUUAUUGCCAAAGCAUAAAAAUUUAAGACUUGCUUCCAUACCAUAACUCUAGCAAUAUUUCAUUAAUUGGAAGAGAUAUCACUUUAAAAGAAACUAUUUCUUUUAAUGUCAGCCUUUCCAGGGAACACCUAACCUUUCUUUUUUUAUUUUAUUUUGUGUGAUUGUUUGCAGAAAACUAAUAAUAAUUUUUAAAGUUUAGAAAUCAAUAUCUAAGAUUUUAAGGUUAAUUAUUUUUUAUUGUUGUUAACAUUUCUAUUAAGACAUAUGGCUUCGCUGACAGUAAUUUUAAAUCACCUCAGUCCAGUAUUUAAUACUCUUGCUCUAUGCAAUGGGCCUACAAUAUUCUUUAGUUGGCUCUGUAAUGUUUUUCUUAAGUGCCUCUUUCCAUAGUAAUUGUGACAAAUAAGGUACCACAUCAUUAAUCUAAUGCAAGUCAACCUAGGUCCAUGGGUUUUGUUACAGUUAUUCUCAUUGUUGAUUUGGGUCCAAAACUGAUCAAGAUAAGGUGGCUUAGUAAAUUCCUUGUUUUGGUGAGUCUUAUUUAGAUGUAGUCCUUAGGAGCAGAAAUAGAAAUUAUUUCUUUUUUAGUUUGGGAAUCAGGGACAAGGUAAGAAUGAAAAACGUUGAUGUCAGCUUUCAAAUGGUCUUGUUAUAAUAAACAUCUGCUAUAAAUACCUCAGCCACAACCUGAAGUUCUCAUACCAGGCUGAUAACAAAUGUUUAUCCUCAGAGGAUAAUCGUUAGAUGCUCAGUGCCUCAUUUUAUGGUACUAAGAGAUUAAAGAGGCUGGCCAGAGUGGCAUAAAAAUUAAUCAAAUCUAUAUAUACAUUCAAGCCUCUGUGUCCGAGUGCACAUGCACAAACACAUGCAAAUAUACGGGCUUGCAGAACAUGUGCCAUUUUGACUGGGUCAGCGCCUUCAGGCAAGGGAACACAAGCACAAGAAGUCAUGGACAAAAUGUUAUUCCUAUUGUAUGUGCAUGUUGGGCAACAUUUCAGUCUGCCACUUGGCCUAAUAGGGAGGGAAAUGCUUUAUGUAGGCAUUGUGACUGCUUACUACAGGGAAUUCUGAAAUAGUUCAUAAAUGGAGUACUUACACUCAACCCCAGGAGGUCAAUGCCCCACAUAGAGCUCUUGGUACCAGCCACUGCAAAUGGGACAAGAAUUUCUGAGCUGUGAUCAUCUCAGAUUUCCUUAAAAAACCUGCAGUCAGUAUCUAGUUAUCAAUAAGAAGAUAUGAGGAGGGGGUGUUCUUAGUAGAUCAGAUCUGCUGUUGUCUAGGACACCAGCAUCAAGGCUGGAUUCCCAGCCCAGGAGGGGACAGAGUCCUUGUGAUGUUUCCCCAAAGGAUUUUUCCAUCUUUCAAGUACCGGGGUGUAUGUCACUUGUUUUCAUCAGUGCUAAUGCUUUUCCAUAAGAGUUGCUAUAGUAGGUCUUUUUCUUUAACUGUAUUCCUGGCUUUAUGAAAAAACAAACUCAGUCAAAUCCCUUUUCUUCUAGGAGGCUACUGGCAAUUUGUAAAAUUAACAAGUUUUUCCUGGGCCAAAGAUAAACCUCAUAUACAAACUGUUAACACAUGCAGACCAGCUUCUGCAAAGCAUUUGUGCAUGUGUUUAAUUUGAGGCUCUGAGACAUAUGAUGGAAGUCAAGGGGAUUAUCUGCAAUGUGAAAAAUUAAGUUUAAGUUUGUAUUAUCUUAACAAAAGAAAACCACAAUGUUAGGUAGCAAAAUUAUUUCUGUUAUAUGAGGUAUAGAGUACAUGAUGCUUUAAAAAUUGCUUAAAGAAGCCCCUUGACUCAGUCUAUAAUUUACCAUCCAAAUUGUGCAGAUUUAUGAGUCUGUAUGGAGUAUGAAUCAGCACAGAAUAUGGCUUAAGUAAAAAAAUAAUUCAUCUACAUGUGGAGGAGAGAAGCAGCUGUGGAGUUCCUUCUAUUCUGCUGAUAAGGGAUGACCUGGCAGCAAACAGCAAUUAAUACAGAAAGAGAGAGCAAGAGAAGUAGAUGGUACAGAAGACCAUGAAGACGGAGGUGGUAUGCAAGGGAUAAAGAAAGUGUGAAAAGUAACAGAUGAAAUGGCUGCGAGGUAGCAGGGGGACCUAUUGUAAGAAAGAGUAGGCAGCUGGUAAAGGCAUAACAGUAUAAAUUAAGCUGUAAAAAUCGCAAGUUGCAUGAACAAUCCCCUUUCACUGUUAAAGAUGAGGCUGUUCUUCCCAGCCAACAGUACCAAGGAAAGGGCUGUGAGAGGGCUCAGGUUCUGGCAGGGACCACUAGCAGGCAGGGGCUUUUGACCCUGAGCUACAAUCCCUGCCCGAAGUUGCAGGGAUUACCCCUGUGCUUGUUUAGGGUCCUUGGGAAGCAACAGAUCCAUGUCCUGGCCAAAAGGCGCAGCAGCAUGAACUUCCCAGCACACCGGCUCACCAAGAGUGUAGUGACUAAAGGCAGUUUCUUUCACUUGAAAGUUUCUCAAACCUGAAAUUUUGUUGGGAAUCCUGUAAAGGCUGUUUCCCAUUGGAAAAAAAAAACAACACAAAACAAAACACAAAAAAACAAAAAACCAAAAAAACCCACAAAAAACCCAAACAAAAAACAACAAACAAAAAAAUCUAAGACUUGAAGCAUUUAAAUGUCGUCUCCAUUUUUUGCAUGUACCUACAAAUUCUAGCCAAUAAAUUUUUCAAAUACC